AGAAGAAAACGGGUUUAUCACAUGACUAGUCAGACACAAAACAGUUCCGCUUUUGCUAUGUGGCUAGUUAGUUAGUAUUAUAAACCUUCAACAUCUUUUAAUUUGUGCUCACCGAGGAAUAGUUCGCUAACGAAUAUAUAGUCCAUUGGAUGCUAGCUAACUUAACUCAAGGAAUGGGUGUCCAAAUAAACGAGGCCUCGCAACGCAUAGACGAAUGUCUCCUGCGUUUCAUGGACCAAUUGGAGCUACUCGAAGAGAAACGGGAGCGGCUGAACUCCCUCAUCGAGCAGGGCUGGUUCUCGAUCUCCAAAGCUCGAUAUUCCAUGGGAAACAAGCAAGUUUCAACUCUGCAGUACGGCAACGAAAUUGAGCCGCAAGUUCAAAUUAAUGUCAGGCUCCUGGAGAACGGAGAGGCAGAGUUUGAUGCACAGAGAGUGGAGUGCCUGAGAUCACAACAUUUGGAAAAGGACCUCGGGCGAGUGGAAGACAUUGGUCCAAAAGACGAAGGUGUCAGGAGACGGGGAGUCACUAAAGAGGAGAAUCCCAAGGACCAGCCAGCGGCCCCUCGGGCUUGUGUUUCCAGGGAAACUAGCCCGCCAAAUCAAGGAAUGUCCCAGCACCAGGAUCCUCUCAAGUGGUUUGGCAUCUUGGUUCCUCAGAGUCUAAAACAAGCCCAGGCAUCUUUCAAGAAAGUGGUCGAGCUGUCUGCGGAAGUGGCCACUCUGCAGUGCACGGUGGUGGCUACCAGGAAGGAGCUACAGGCGCUGAUGGGGAACAAACAGGAGGAGACCCAAUCUACAGAGGCAGACAAACAGAAAGACACAGGAAAUGUCAGACAGAGCGAGGAGGAAAGCGCAUCGGACUCCUGAACCUAGCUCUGACGUACGGUGGAUUAGAAGGAGGCCUGAACACUGAUU